AUGCUUCUGGUAGUCUUCUACAUGCCCAGGACAGAAAAGUAUGGGCAGAGUGCCUUUGUCUCAAACCUGCAGUGCAUAUGAGAUUAGAUUGCUGAACUAGAGAUGAUACUACAGAAUUUAGCCAUGGUAUCCUCUGAAUUAUGCCCCCAAGUCUCUUGAGGGUGCUGUCUAGUUCAUGGGGACCUUCUCAGCUGCAGACAACUUCUGUCCAGUCCUUCAGACACACUGACAUUCUAGUAAUUACAGCUUGUGUUACUUUGGUACUGAAAGGACCAUGCUGUAAGACCUGGACUCCCUCCAUGGUGUAAAUAGGUGAAUAAACCAUAAUUCUUAAAGCCACAACAGUCUCUGCCGUGUCUUCCAUUCUGCAAAGGAAUACAAACCCUGUGGGGAUGCCUGGGACCCCAUAGUCUCUUGCUAUCGUUCGGCAGAGAGAGGGGCAGACACACGACUUUUGUAACAGUAUGUUACAAUAGCACAAGCUGUUGAUCACAUUUAUGACUGCUUUCUAGGAACGCUGCCCUGAUGCUGCUAAGGUUGGGAUGGAAGAAAUGCUCACACCAUGAGUGAGCUGAUAAAAUCUUGGGGCCCAGUGUUUGUAGGUGGCCAGCUGUAAUAUGGAUUGAUAAAAAGGUGAGGCUGGUGAUUUUAUUGUUCUCCUGGCCAAAUCACUUGUACCAGUCUAUCUGUGAGGUCAGAAUAAUGUGCAUUGUUAUGCUAGUGUUAAAUCAGGAUUUGUGAUAUAAUGCUGGCAAGAGCUGUAGAUCUGACUCCCAGCCAAUACAUUUUCUUUGGUUACAGGCUCAGCUCAUCUUUGGCAGUUACAGGGUAUCUAGUUUUGUGAACAAAAGACUGCAGCUCUUGUUUAGCUGUAAGGUGCUGUGUCUGCAUUGCUUAAUUAUGAACCUGCAGUGCAGACAAAGGUUUGAAUCACUUUCCCUGGCUUUUUACUGUAAGACAAGCUACAGGUUUCCAACAAAUCCAACAUUCCUUUUAAAAAAGAGUGGGGGGGUAAUAUUGCUCCAGGUGGUGUGUGCUACUUUCUUUUAGGAAUUGUUAGCUUUCUGCAAAUUAUCUUAAUGUACUGCCUACAUAGAUAAAACAUGUGGUGUCUGGUUAAUAUUUUUCUGCAAUAUAAAAUAAAGACCCUUAAUACAGAGUAAUAUCUAUGCUAUUAUGAAAAUGUUUCUCAUUUUAAAAAAUCCCCGACAGGAGCACAAAGGGGUUAGUAAGAAUACUCUUUACAACUGAAUUUUAUUGCUAAUAGCUUUAACGUGGCAAGCAGCUUAUGUAGUGUGUCAACAUAAAUUGUUGUCCACUGUUGUCUCUGAAAUUUUGGGUGAAGAUUUAUGAAAUUAUGCAAAACUAUUAUAAACAUAAUAAAAUAUUGAAGCACUAAAGUAGACAAAAUAUGACCAAAGUAUGGAGCAAGAUGUUGAAUCGCUUAAUUCUGAUCUGACUGCAUUUAUAUUGCUUUUAAACAUCUGUAACACAGUUUGCAAACAUUAAUAUGUGUAUACACUUAAUUUUAUUCACUUGGAAUUUAUGUCACAAGUCUGAAUUUUGUCGUUGAGUACAGUAUUUUUUUUAAUCAUCCCUGUAGCACUUUUGGAGAGUGCGCCAUGAGUCGUGUUUGACUAACAUACCUUUCAAAUAACCUUGUGAGACGGGCUGAGCAGAGGCUAUCAUGUGAUUUGUGGCUUGGGUGGGGAUUUGAACAUGGCCCUUGAAUAUGCAAACACUACACUCUAUCCACUGCAUUAUACUGCUUUUGUAAUUAGCAUGAUUGCUUUAUCUUGUCUUUCAGGAUAUUAAUCAUUUUAUGCUAUUUGAAUACAUCAUGGAGAAAAUAUGCCCAUUAAUUAAAAUAGGUGCAUAAUAUGGCAAUAAUAUCUCCCUUCCCCCAAAGUAGAGCAAAAAAUGAAUUGUUAUGCAUGCCAAAUUGUUAUCCUGUGUUUGAUCUUCUGUCGCAGUGUGCAGAUUGUAACAUUCUUUAGGAACCCAGAAAAAUGUAGAGAAGUGGUCAAAGCAGAGUAAGGCUUUAUUGUUGCAUCAGUUUCAGUAUCAGUCAAGUCCUUUGAGGUUUUUCACAUCACCAGCACCCCACCACAAGAAUCCUGUGGCAGAUGUAUGUAUGUGUGCUACCCUCUCAAGUGCAAAUAUGCACUAGCUUUCUCAGUACUAUACUCUAACCAUGUAGAGAUCUCAAGCUUUUAUAGUUUAGUAUUUAUAUAUGUUUAUAAUAGGCAGUUUCAGGCUAGCACGGACUCAUUGCACUAAUCUCAACCUUUUCAAAAGACUUUUGAAGCUGUGGUGCUUUCCUGUUUUAUAUACCAAUUGCUCUGGCAAAUACCACGUGUUUAAUAUUAGCAUAUAAAAAUGUGCAUACCAGACAAUAUCUCAAAGGAAAGAAAAUGAACUGGGGAAUGUGUGAUGUGCGCACAAAAGAAACAUCUGUUAAUAAAAAUGGACCAUUUGUUCACAUAAAAGCAAGGCGGCAAGUCACAGAACUAUAUAACAUUCCCCCAUCCUCAUGUGAAUAAUUUUGCAUGUACACAAUAUGUACAUAAGCCAGCCCAAGGCUGGAAAUGAAAAGUGUUUUGUGACCAGUGCUAAAAAUAUUUGGACAUUUCCCUUUAAAAUUAAUAGCAUAAAGCCUUGGGGCACUUAAUUGUACAAAGUCUGAGGAUAAUGUGGGCUAUUCAUUUCCUUUAUCCUAAAUACCCAGUCAUGCUUUUAAUUCUUAGAUAUACUGUGUGCCCUUUCCAAUAUAAUCAGCCUAAUUUGUCUUCAGCUGCAAGCAAGUAAACCAAGCUUCAUUUGGUUAAGCAAGCUAAGCAAAAACAUUUUAGAAUUCCCCUCACCCCACCCACCCACAUAUAGGUAAGUCAACAAGCAUGCUCAGGAAAAAUGUGUGAUCUUCAGAUUUUGGUUUGUGUGUGUUCAGGCAGAGGAGCAGAACUGCCUUUCAUAAGGAAGCCAAAAUUUCCUGCCCUAUGGUAUCUGUGAAUAUGAUUAGCAUUUCUAACUUGUAGUUUGGAUACUCCCUAUCUAAUGCGGCUUAUUUCAUAAAUCGAUCAGACGGAUGCCAACAAUAGUAGUAAUAAUUAUCGAUAUAAUACCUAUGUCUUUCCUUGACUGUUUGAACAUGCCUAUUAGCAUUCUUUAUCCUUUUGACUUUUCCUUUCUCUUUGACUCAUGCUUCGUUCAGAAUUAAAGGAUCUGAAAAAAAUCGAGGGGCUUGUGCGAGAUAAUUAACUCCCAUUGAUGAUAAGAGUAAUAAAUUAUAAUUUAUUUAAAUAAAUAAAACAUAGCAGUACUUUGAAGAGGUGUUGCUUUUCUUUCUGGGCUUUAUGAUUUAGUGGCUGGGGGAAAAGGAGAGGCAUUUUCACGGCAGUCUUUUGUAGUACCUAGCAAAUUUAUUAUGGCAUACAUAAGUCCACUUCUUUGGAUGCACUUGCAGGUACAUAUGUACUUGGUUGGGUAGAAUUAUGGACAAACAUACCUAGAGCCACCAAAUGGCAUCUUUCCUGGAACAAAGGUUGAUCUAGAUCCCUUCCAGGCCUUUGUUCUGCAAUCACAGUGAGGGAACCACCAGAAGGCCCUCAGAGCUGGGCCUCAGUGUCUGGGCUGGCCUUGAAUGGGGGUAAGUGCGGCAGAGGCCUCUAGCCAGAAAUAACAGAAAUGUUCUUGUUAUGGGGAGGUGGGGGGGGGGUCUAGAAAGGAUAGGGAAUCAUUGUAGAACAGCAGCCAGAACAGAAAUGUAGGUGACACAAUAUAUUUCAAGCUUUUUAUUUGCACAGACAGACAUAGCCGUACAAUUGCAUGUUUCACCUCUGCACUUAAUUGAAUUGUAGCACAUCUUAACAGCUGGGAAAAGAUCAAGGAAGAGGCAGCCAAGAGGACAGAGGGGGAGUUUUGUUCAUUUAAUACUAGAAUUCUGUGUCAUUCAGUAUCACUGAUGGGGAAGAUUUAGCACAGACCAUGGAAAGGGUUUCUUCCUGUAACUAUUUGUGGAAUUCGCAGGCACAAGUUGUGACGAGGAGGACCAGGUUGGAGGGCUAGGAAGGGGAUAAUGCCCAGAGACAUGGAGAAUAAAUCUGUCUCUGGCUAUGAAGACUCUAUAAAACCUCCAGGUUCAGAGGCAUCCUACCACUGAAUUCCACCUGCCAAGAGGGCAAGCAACAGGAAUGGGCUAUUAUUUCAUUCAUUCAUUCAUUCAUUCAUUCAUUCAUUCAUUCAUUCAUUUAUGAACCCCAUAAGGCAUUCUGAAGUUAGUGACAAUCUAAUCUGGUUUGCUACUGGACCAGAUGGGCAUUUGCUCUGGGUUUUUUGGGGCAGACACAGACCACCAUCUGGUUCUCCACAAGAAUGUCAUCUGUUGUGUUGUGUAUCUUGUGUGCACACGUGCAAAGCCUCUGUACAUAGUGGCACUUACUUCUGUGUAAGCCUGCAUCAACUUGUGCUGCAUGGAAUUUAAGAGCACAAUCUGAUAUGUUUACUAAGAUGCAAGUCUCAGUGUGUUAAAUGGGGCUAUCUCCCUAGUGUCUGUAUAUAGCAGGAGUAGGCAACCUAAGGCCCGGGGGCCAGAUCCAGCCCAAUUGCCUUCUAAAUCUGGCCCGCGGACGGUCCAGGAAUCAGCGUGUUUUUACAUGAGUAGAAUGUGUCCUUUUAUUUAAAAUGCAUCUCUGGGUUAUUUAUGGGGCCUGCCUGGUGUUUUUACAUGAGUAGAAUGUGUCCUUUUAUUUAAAAUGCAUCUCUGGGUUAUUUGUGGGACACAGGAAUUUGUUCAUUUCCCCCCCAAAAUAUGGUCUGGCCCACCACAUGGUUUGAGGGAUGGUGGACCAGCCCACGGCUGAAAAAAGGUUGCUGACCCCUGGUAUAUAGGAUUGCAGGUAGCCUAAAAAUCCUUUGUGGUAUGCAAUGUGUCCUUCCACCUUCCUUUCACCUCUAAAAUUAUUUCAGUUCUUCUACUAGAGCAAACAGAUGAAAAGGAUGAGUGUCAUGGCUGUAAACGAAGACUGUGUCAAACAGGCAAAGCCAGGAACAACUCUUCAAGGGAGGAAAAUUGCUCACAUUUUUAUUGCGAAGGCAGAAGGCAGACACCCUAAUCACCAUCUUUCUCCAGGGAAAUAA